AGCUCUUCUCUCUUCCUGGAGCAGGGGCGAGUCCGGGCUCCCGCGCGCGCGCCUGCACGCUCCACGGGACGCGUGCGCAGGCGCGAUCUCUCGCGGCCGCCGCCGCUGCCCCGCUGCCGCUGUCUCUGUCGCUAUCACAGCAGCUGUUGUUGUCGCCGCCGCCACUGCAGCGACUGAGCCGACGUUCCAAAGUGGAACGCGGUACCUUCAGGCCCCACUGCAGAGCGAGGAGGCGACGCCGAUGGGCCCGUUACCGGGCGCUGAGUUAGUUCAGACGCCGCUCCAGCUGUACCGGUACCUGCUGCGCUGCUGUCGCCGGCUGCCGGCUAAGAACAUCCAGGAGCACUACAAGCACGCCAUCAAACAGAGUUUCCACGUCCACGCAGAUGAAGACAGCCCGGAGAGGAUCCGGCAGAUCAUCCAGCGGGCCAUCGAAGAUGCCGACUGGGUCAUGAAGAAGUAUGAGAAGCCAAACUAAGGACCGGCCGAGCCCUCUGGAGCCCCUCGGCCGACAGCACGGACACGGCAGGGCAGCCCCCGGCUGACGCAGAGCGCCGGGCCCAGGGGAGGCAGGACGGAUAUUCCAGAGCCACGUGUAUGCCUUCAGCGGCCCCCGCUGGGCCACCUCCACCCCCAAAGGCCCAAGUGGGGGAGGGCGCUUUCUGACAUUUGUGCAUCAUUCGUUUACUCUGUGAACAUUUAUCAAUUGUCUAAAUGGAAGCAAGGGUUUCUCGAACCUCUCUCGUGGGCCUAGCCCUGUGCUAAGGGAGAGAAGAGAAUUCCAAGUCUCUUGCCUUUUGUUAUAGCCAGUGUUUAGCCUCGUGCCUGGCAUAAAGCACACACUUAAAUGCUCAUUCACCGAUGGCCUGUGUGUGUGUCUUCUCCCCAAAGAAUGCAGACUUGCUACCUCAUGCCCUCCUGCCUGCAGAGAGAAAUCAGAGGAAAGAGAGACGUUGCCGAGGGCAGCAGGAGCUGAGGGGAAGGAAGUCUGUCUGUCUGUCUGUCUUUAGAAACAGCCCCAGUGAGUGAGUGCACCAGUCGCUUCCAUCUGGUGUCUCACUUCGAGAUAGAAUUUGCCUUUCAGAGCUCCCACCCCCCGUGAGGGACGUCGGGCAGGCAUCCUCGUUUCACAGAGGACCACAAUGGGCUGGGGCUGAGCAACUUGUUGGAACGUUUUUGGGAAUGAGUUUUCUCUUAGUGUUUUUUUUAAUUCAGUCAUACAGUGUGGCUUUAUUAAAUAGCGUACAAGGGAAGCUGCAUGGGGACUAUAUUGGAUGCUGAGCCAGAGCGAGUCCCUCUUGUUUCAGGGACUCUGUUCAUGCAGGAAAAUGCUUAUUACGAUCAGAGAACACGGCGUCAGGACUUGGCGUAGGCGCCGUCAUCUUUUUUGGAGUCUGGACCCCCUUUUCAGCAGGCUGGUGAAGCCUGUGGGCCCCUUUCCAGAAAAGUGUUUUCAAAUGCAUUCAACAAAGAUCAUCAAGGAAGCCAAUUGUGCUGAAAUAUAGGGAUCAACAUAGGCAGCAGUCAAGUUGUUUGCAUAUUUUCUCUCCCAUUAACACGAGCUCCUUGAGGGCAGAAAUGGUAUUUUUGCCCUUCUUUAUAUCCCUUGCACCUAGUACAGUGCUUGGCUUAUAAGAAGGGCUCAAUGAAUGCUUAUUGAUGCACUUACUGUUGAGAUGCAGAGCUAGAAGGAACCUUAGUAGAUCGCCAAGCCAAGCCCUCCUUUUAUCCCUGGGAGAAAUGAAGGCCAAGUCCCCGGAAGACACAGCUGUGCUCAAUACAGAAGUAGUAUCAGGCGUGUCCUCUAGCAUGUCAAACUCGGUGCAAAAGCUGCUGCCAUUUUUAAAAGGUCUACUCUGAAGAGCAGAUAGUCACACAAUCUAUGCCCGGGAAGAUCAUGGUUAUUUAGCAACAAAAAAUGGCAGUUUUGACAGUUUGAAAAUAUAUUCUGUGGAUUCCUGUGGAUGGCUAGGUAGAGUCACACCAGUGGAAGAAAAAAAAAAGAAACCAACAAUCUGCAAACAAAGCAAGAGAGGGAAAGAAAGAACUAUCAUGGCAGUAUUGAAAGAUUAAAAUGAUGAACGGUGGAGGCAGCUGGGGAGCUCAGUGGAUUGAGAGUCAGGCCCAGAGAUGGGAGGUCCUGGGUUCAAAUAUGGUCCCAGAUACUUCCUAGCUGUGUGACCCUGGGCAAGUCCCUUAACCCCCAUUGCCUAGCCCUUACCACUGUUCUGCCUUGGAACCAAUACAUAGGAUUGAAUCCAAGGUGGAAAUUAAGGGUUUGAAAAAAAAUAUUAAAGGCCAUCAUUUGAUUGGACUGUGGAUUAAUUGGACCACAGCUGAUGGAUACCAAGUUGGGUAGGACAAAUAAAAAAGCAUUUGAUGAAAAUCCACCAUAAAAGAACUCUAAAAUCCUAUGUUCAAAGGAGUUUGGAAAUAUUUUUGUCCUCAGUGAGAAUUAGUUUGGCAGAGUGGCUUGAUGGGCCAUAUAUGGGCCAUAAAGGGCAGUAGGAAGGAAGAUAACACUGGCAGAGAAAAAUUCUGAAUGUGAAGGUAGACACAUGUUAUAUGUGUCUAUAUACUGAAACCAACAAGGAUCACUGUGGUAGGGAUUUACAAAAUGACUGAUGGGUGGAAGAAAUACAUGAAUCAGACAUGGGGCUUUAGGCAAUCCUAAAAGAGUUCCUUCAGUUUCUAAAAGAAGACUGUCUUCUAUUACUGAAGUGGGUAAUGCCAGAGAAGAGAGAAUGUUUGAUUAUGUGAGGAAUAGCUGUUCUCAUCUCUCCAUCUCCAGAAGAUGCUACAUGGGAAUUUCUUAGACUGAUUCUUGAUCUUGUGUAAAAAGAUUGGAACAAGAUACUUUAACAAAAUACUUUAGACAGGACAACUGUAUCCAUGUGAAGCCUUGAUUCUGUGAAAAACAGCUUAGCUUGAUUAUUCUCUGAAAUUCUUAUUUUUUCCUUCAUAUUUGGCAUUGUGGGUAUUUAAAUUGUUUGAGAGAAAACUUACUUGAAGAUUACUGUUUGCAUCUUUCCAUCUUGAACUAAACACAUUAUAAUUCUAUAAUUAUUCAAAUUAAAUUAGGAGCACCCCCCCCCCCAAGGAUUUAUGGAUAGAUUUUGAAGAGUUUUUAAAAUUAUGAGACAGGAAAACCGAUAGCUUUGUUUUCACUAACUGCUGGUUUCCUUCAUAAUCCUAUAUAUGUUAUUUUACAAAUUAAAAAACAUUCAGAAAAAUAAUCCAGAGACUUGCAGAAGGGUCUAGGAUACAAAAAGGAGUUGAGUCCCUGUUCUAGAAUGAUCUUGAAAGCAAUCGUGCUAUUGCUUGUGAAUUCUUCAAAAGUUUUAAAAAUUAUUAUUUUAAUCUAAGUAAAAGAUAUAUUUUGAUGAGUUUUUUUGAUGGUCAAUUUAAAUUUGAAUUGACUGCAAUGCUGAAACUUAACAUACUUAACCUCUUAGAAUGUGAGUCUUCUCUUUUUCUGUUAUAGGUUUUCAUUGUGGAAUAUAGUCUAUGAGAGUGUAUGAAGGAUUAGGUUGGGGGGAUUGGGAGGAAGAGGAAACAUCUUAGUUUGUUUCUUGUUAACUUUUUAAAAACUUUCAUUCUUAAAGGAUAUCAAGAAAUAGAUUUUCUUUUCCAAAAGUUGAUUCUAUUUUAGAAAUUGCAUUUAAGGAGAAUUUUAGGUCAAUAACAGUGGUCCCAUUAUAAAAAGAUAAAAUAACUUUAAGAAAUAUACACUCUCUAUAUGUCAGUUCUGUAAAAAUGAGUUCAUAGGGAAGUUAGGUGGCUCAUUGGAUAGAGAGUGAGACCUGGAGUUCAAAUCUGGUUCUGAACCCAAGUUCAAAUCUUGUCUCAAUCAAUUCCUAGCAAUAUGACUUUAAUUUAGCAGUCACUUAACGUCAGCCUAGUCCUUGCCACUUUACUGUCUUAGAACUGAUACUAAGAUGGGAUUUAAAAAAUAAAAAAAUAACAAAAGAUCCAAGUUCAUACCCUCAAGGGUAAUUGUUCUGUUUAUGAUUUAGUUUCAUUAACCACUUUGUAUAAGUCUUUCCCUGCCCUCCACACCCAUCCCUUCAUGUGCUUUAAAAUUUUUCUUGUAAACUUGAAGGGAGGUUAGAGAGCGGCUUGUCCUUUGGCAGCAUCAAAUGGAAAGUGUGUUCCGGUUUCCCUGUUGGUGUGAGAUGUUGAAAAGAAGCCCUCUGCUCUCUGUUGCCUCCUCCAGAAGGUUACGGGAGUGUAUGGGUUUCAGAGAGUAGUAACUUACGGGUAACUCAGGCUGAUGGAGAUGUAACAGCAAAAACCAGCUCUCACUUGGACUUUUUGAGGGGUGCUGAAUCGUUUCAGAAACUGAUGUUUCCAAGUGUGGCAAUCCAGAGGUCACAGUACCGAGUUAGCUUCUAUUUAUUGGGAUUCCAAAGUUCAGAUUUUUUCCCUUGUCAUAUUGAUAUUUUUUUUUGUAAAAAAAAUGAUCCUUCUGCUGAUGGUACCAGUUUGUUUAUGGUUGUUUAAGUUGGGGUCCACAGACUUCCAAGCGGUCAAUGGAUAGAUUUCAGGGGGAUAUAUAGGGUAAAAGAUGAUAUAACUAGAACUGUCUUUAACGUAGAAAUUUCUAUACAUUUGGAUAGGAAAAAAAUAUUACAUCACUAUUUUCACCAUCCACAAACUGAAAUUUGGCAUUUCUUUCAUUUGAGCUUUUAAAAUACUUCUGCCAAAGAGACCCACAACACACCUUGCUAUAUAAGCUGACCAUUGAAAGUGAGAUAUUCUGUACCAUCUCUAUGGAGGGGGAAGGGGGGAACUACUUUUUAUGAUGCUUGAGGGAAACAUUUGAAAAAGCAGCACUCUUCAAGAUUCCUUUUAUAUUCUAGGAUGAUUUAAAAAAAAAAACCCAAACCCUUACUUUCUGUCUUAGAAUUGAUACCACUUCUAAGGCAGAAUUACAGUUAGGGCUAGGUGUUGAGGUUAAGUGACUGGCCCAGGGUCACACAAUGAGGAAGUGUCUGAAGUCAUAUUUGAACUAAGUACUCCUGACUCCAGACUUGGUGCUCUAUCCACUGAGCCACCUAUCUUUUCCUCGGGACAUUUUCUUUUAAAGGCAUGGUGUUUAAUUUCUAGGUAUAUUGAGGUGGGAGAGAGAAUAUGUUCAUUGUUCCCAUGGAUAAAUAUAUAGGGUAAAAGAUGAUAUUGUAACUAGAACUGUCUUUAACUUAGAAAUAUUUUUUGUAUAAUUAAAUGGGUUUUGGACAGCCUUUGUACAUGAAUAAGCAUGUCUUCGGAAUGCUUGCAGACAGAGGCUGGGUAUAAUGUUCGCCUACACAUUGAUACGUGGACAUUAUCAUUAUACACACAUACAAUUAUACACACAUAAUAUAUACUGAUGGCGCUAAUGCCAAAAUGCUAUUUGAACUGGAGUGGAAUGGGGGCAUUCCACAGUGGAGAACUCACCACCACAAUCUCAGAAAAGCAACUUUAAUUUUUUUCUUAGUUUAUCUGGUGCUGAAGAUGGGGUGUGGCCAACAUUUAGGCAUGAUUUUGGCGAUCCGAUCAGCUUUUUAACUAAAGGGAGAUAUCCCGUAAUCAGUCCAGAGCAGACAUCUUACUGCAAGGACAAGUUAAAAAAUAUGGUGGGUUUGAACACGUGGAUCCCUGGAGAUUCUGUUCAGUUCCUGGGUGUAAAGGAGGGUUGGGGGUUUGGGGGGGGGAGGAAAGGGGAAAUUGUGUUGUGUGAAGUUAAUAAAUGUUCUCAUUGUCUAUCAUUUUCUACUGUCAUUUGAGUGGAGAAAGAAUGACAUUUGGGCUUUUGAAAAUAUUUUGUAGUUUCUUUAAAAAGAGACCUGUGAAUGCUGACUAUUUGUAAUGUUUUUUUUGUUGUUGUUAUUGCUGAAGAUGUUCUGAAGAAGUAUUUAAAAAUUGAAACACUCAUUUAGGAUUUAUUUUUAAUGCUAUUGUAUAAAAUUUAUAAUCCCAUUCUUUCUGUGGAUUAUGUUUUUGAAGGAACCUACUCUAGUUUUUCUUUUUGCUGCUACUCUUUGUUGAGCAUAGAGAACUACUUACCUUUGCCUUUGCUUUUUUUCCCCUCCUUCAAGAAGAAUAACCUUUGUACUGAUGGUAACAAAAGUGUUUGUGGAUGUGUAAUUUGAAUCUAAAAUUAUGAGCCCCAGCAAAACUAUGACUCCCAGCAUCCUACUCACUUCCUGUUGUUACAUGCUGACAUAGAUAGGAUAUAAAUUGGGUGAAGUUCCGUGUCUAGCUCUUUUUCCUUCUUGUUGCAGCUUUGGUGGAGCAGGCUUUUUGAGCAGGUAGAAAAACUUAGUCUUGUCGCUCUGUUUUGUUAAAUAAUAAACGUUAUAAAAUAUAA